CACACACAGACAGACCACACACACAAACCCACACUCCUCCGCCGUGCUCCCAUUCACCCGAUUCCAGCGGGAUUUUAAGUGGCGCAGCUCGUCCUCGGCUGUCCCGCAGAGAGAAGAGCAACUCCUCGUCACCGUGACCUGCACCGAGGCCCCCCCUCCCCCUCCCUCACCCCCCGGGAAAACAACGAGUCCUUUUUCACCUCUGAACCUCCCCGUUCAACAGGUGUGGCAUUGGAUCCUCGCCUUUGUAGAAUGGGGGUGGGGGGUGGAGUGCCUCGGGUUUUCAUGCGAAUCUCUCUCUCUCUCAGGGAGGCUCUCCCGUCAAACGAGGAUGACUCUUGAGCAGAGCGGGUACAUCGUCUUCGUCGCUGCUGCGACGGCCACAAAUGUUCUGAGCCGAGCUGGCGAAGUCGGCAUGCGACUACGGAUCUUCGACUUCUCUGCACCUGUGGUAUCAUCAUCAUCAUAACAACAACAACAACAACAACAGAGUAGCAGUCGGAACGUUGCAGAAGAAACCGGCUCCACUACCACGGGACGUUCCUUUGGACACCCUCUGCAGGUGUCAAAGCAGAAUAGACAGAAGAUCGUGAAUUCGUUUCGCUCCUUCUCCGAGUGCCGUUUUUUCAUUCACGAUUCACUGCUCAGCCAUAAAACCACCAACCUCCCACUCACUCGGAGGAGUGAAGUCUCCGCGCCUACUGGGUGGACUUUACACACCGGGGUGCUGGUGGUGGUGCUGGAGAAGAGAAAAUAAACCCCGGCAGGAGAAGCAGCAGCAGCAAUCUCAGCUCGCAAACACAACCUCGGGGGAAAGGCAGCACCGGCACCAUGAACUCUCCAUUCCCGCUGCCCAAGCCGCUCAAGCGAGGCUCUGGGGGGGCAGCUGGGAGGGCAGCUCGUCUCGUGGUGCUGGGGCAGAGCGGAGUGGGCAAGACAGCGAUGACGGUCCGCUUCAUAACCAGGCGCUUUAUCGGGGAAUAUGACCCAACGCUAGAAACCAUUUACCGCCACUCGACGGGCAUAGAUGGAGAGAUGGUGCAGUUUGAGAUCCUGGAUACAGCGGGACAGGAGGAGGACAACAUGCUGCUGGAGGAGAAGAUCAAGUGGGGCGAGGGCUUCCUCAUCGCCUACUCGGUGACCGACCGCUGCAGCUUCGACGAGGUCAUGCGCCUCCGCUUCCUCGUCAACCACGCGCACGCGUGCGCCCGCCGGGGCCCCUCCGCGGCGGACCCGCCGCCCGCCCUCGUCGUAGCCAACAAGCGGGACCUGCAGUUCGACCGCAUGGUCUCCGUGGCCGAGGGGGAGGCCCUCGCCGCCGCCCUGCGCUGCCCGUUCGCCGAGGUGUCUGCGCGGGACUCGUACGAGGAGGUGCUGGCCGCGUUCGAGGCGCUGCACCGCGAGAUGCUGCGGCAGAACGGCGGAUCGCCCGGCGCCCACAAGCGGAAGAUGUCCUCCAAGAUCAUGGACCGCAUGCCCCGCUUCCCGGCGUCGCCGUCCGUCAACGGCACCGGACGGACGUUCACGUUCAGCUCCAACUGAGCCCGAGGAGCAGUCGGAGGGGGGGCAGCAGCGGAAGAGAUGGAGGGGGUGGUGGGGGCGGCGCGUACGUGCAGCCGCGUGGCUGUGAUAACCACAGCUGCGGCAGCAUCAGUGGCACACAGGGGAUUAUGAUGCUGGAUAAAUGUGGCUUUGAUGGAACACGUCCUUUGCAUGCGUGCACUUAUUGCAGCGAUGGGAGAAGUGAAUGACAUUACAAUGCAAUGCGAUUGCGUCUGUGGUCUAUGUACGCACAACUGCGUAGACAAUGCUUGCAGGUGGCAGGCUGUGUUUAUUGCACUGGCCCAGGUCAUUGGUACUGUCCUGUAUAUGUUAAGUACAAACUGAUUGUAUAUACUGUAGUUGUCACAUCACAGCCAAAUGCCAGGGCUUCCCAAACACCAUCCAGCACGUUUCACCUUCAUUGGAUCAGCAGAGGCGUUCACUGUGUAACAGAACUCUGCAUUUGAAUGUCGAUUCGUGAAAAUGGGUAAAAAAAAAAUCAGUAACCCAAGUUAUAUUAGCAGGAGCACCCUAAAUCUCUUGAGGGUUACGUGGUGCGAGCUGGGGGCAUGCAAAUAAAUAACGAAUGUUCAGUGUCUUGUGUGCCCGGCAUGGGACGGAGUUCAUGUGUUAGGGAGUAGGAGUUCAUUUUGGGGAAACCGCUCUUUGAUUUAGUGGAGGAAACAGGGUUGUUAAACACGUGAGGGCGAGCCAAAAGCAAUAAGCACAUAUUAAAGCAAACUAAAAAGGCUAUUCAUCUAACUUAAGUGAAGCACCAAAUUUAAGUAUUGGAAGUUGUUUUGGGAAGUGCUCCUUUUGUGACUGGGCUGGAACCACAGUCCCACUAAAUUUGGGAACCCGGUUUGAUCGGAGGCCGCUGCCCAGAUUCGAACUCCGCAUCUUGACAGCAGUGCCCAGCUAAGCACUCUGACCUCUGAACCACCCGGUCAUCUCUGCCAUUCACUCGAGGUGCCACCCCCCCAAGCUUAGCUUUCCUGAGCCCCGAGCAGGCGUUCAACAAAAGAUGCCUUGUUUAAGUUAUUGUAUUUUCAAAUUUGGCAAAUAGAGAGUCAUGACACUGAAAAACAGUGGAACACUUUUGCCAAUGAUGUUAUUAACAGCAUCAAGCCAAUUUCAUCUGCUGAAAGGAAAAAAAACGGGGAAC